GACAAAGCGGAAAGGUAUAAUCGCACAAGAGAGUCAGAGAAAUAAGCUAGAAAAUAGAAAAAGAGAAAGGAGGGAACAUAAAUUAAUAUGUAUAUUCCAUGGAACGAAACUUCAAUCCUUUUUUUACACUUAACGGCAAAACUCCCAUGCUUUCAUUUCGUUUUUUUCUUUUCUCUAUUUAAAGAGGGCAUUGAACCCCUUCCUUACCGUUACCCUCUCUGUAAUCUUCCUUCAUUUUCUCCCUUUUUCUUUGCCGACAUUUUAAAUCUGAUUUUUUCUUAGAAUGGAGUAUGAAUUAGAUCAUCACAGAAACCAUCAUGAUUUCAAGGCCAAAUAUGACUGCGUUUUAUUUGAUCUUGAUGAUACCCUCUAUCCCUUCAGUUCUGGGAUUGCUGGUCAUUGCUCAAAAAACAUUCAAGAUUACAUGAUACAACAACUUGGUAUAGAGGAAAGUAAAGUUCCUGAUAUGUGCUAUGUUCUUUACAAGUAUUAUGGAACCACAAUGGCCGGUCUUAGGGCAAUCGGGUUUAAGUUCGACUAUGAUCACUACCACAGGCUGGUUCAUGGGAGAUUACCCUAUGAUUUUCUAAAACCCGAUCCAGUUUUAAGGAACAUAUUACUUAGUCUACCAAUUCGCAAAGUGAUUUUGACUAACUCUGACGAGCGUCAUGCUGCUGAAGUUCUAAAAAGGCUUGGUUUAGAGGAUUGUUUUGAAAGCAUUAUCUGUUUCGAGACACUAAACCCCACUAAAAACAGUGAAAGUGAAGAUGGGGAGAAAGCUCCUGAUGUUGAAGAUUCAGACUUGCAUAGCUCAAUUUCUGAUACCGAAAUUUUCAACAUCAUGGAAUAUCAGCCUAGUUCUGGCUUAGCCCUUCCACCAACCCCAGUCAUUUGUAAACCAUUUGAAGCUGCAUUUGAGCAGACCUUUAAGAUAGCUGGAAUUGACCCCAAAAGAACUUUAUUUUUCGAUGACAGUGUUCGCAAUAUAAGCACUGGAAAAAAUAUGGGUCUUCAUACCGUUUUGGUUGGAAAAUCUGAAAGAACAGCAGGGGCAGAUUAUGCCUUAGAAAGUAUCCACAAUAUCAAAGAGGCAUUCCCAGAAUUGUUGGAUGACGAAGAGAGAUCGGAGACUGUCAGUUAUUCACAGAAAAUUGCCGUAGAAGCUUAAUUUAUAUAUUCUAUAGCAAAAGAUGAACUUAAAUUAUAUGCUUUGGUUCUGAUUUUACUAACGGUAAUGUCUUUUUAUAUAUGUGAAUUCUCCACUUAAUAAAUACGUGGAUGUAGAAUAGUUUCUGAAUUUGAUAUCAAUAUAGAACUUACUAUUAUUGUC